AACAAUUUAAAUCAACACACUACACAAUCCUCUUGACUCCCUAUAAAUACUCCCAACACACCUCCACUGUGUUUGUGAACUCCCUUAUAAUUCCCUUUGCUUCUUCACAAUGCAAGAGUCUCAUCAAUCUCCAAACAGGCAGCCUAAUGACCGCACCGCUGCCUCCGGUUCAGGUUCCAAGACAACCAACGAAACAGUUCGAGUACGGUGGAAGCCAACGCCGCAACAAAUCACCAUACUCGAGCACAUCUUCAACAGCGGAACAGUGAAUCCGCCUAAAGACGUGACCACCAACAUACGGAAGCAGCUGGAGCAAUUCGGUCCUGUGGAAGAUGUUAACAUCUUUUACUGGUUCCAGAAUCGCAGGUCUCGUUGGUCUCGUCGUAUGCGCCAAAUGCGAAGCGAGGACUCUGCUGCCCCAGUUGAUUCCGUUUGUUCUGGUGUCAAUAAUCAUAUGAAUUUGUCACAUCCUGGUUUCACUUUCGAGCCUUCAACUCAACCUUGUUUCUUCUCCGAUUACAAUGCUAAUAUUGACUUUUACAACCCUUCUGGGCCUUACACCAACCACAAUUACCAGCAGAAUUCAGGUGCUUCAAUGUUCCCAGACAAUUACCAGCAGAACGUCAAUCCAGCUGGAGGAUGUAUACGAGUGUUUAUAAAUGGGAAAGCGACAAAGCUAGCAACGCGGCCACUAGACAUGAGAGGGAUGUUUGGUCAAGACUUAAUACUAGUCCACCCUACUGGACUCCCUGUCGAUGAAUUCGGUUUUGACCUUCAGCAUGGUGAAAGCUACUUCCUGGUUCCAAAACCUACUUAAAGAAGAAUCUUCAAGAAGCAUCAAGCUGAGUCCUGCUUAAAGGAGAAUCUUCAAAAAACGUUCAAGAAACAUCAAGCUGCUGCAUAUGAAUGCGUGUGCCUGUCCUCUUCUUAGUAUUAGAGUUAUAUGCCACCACGCUUUUUCUCUACUGCUACUGUUUUUCUUCUUGAUAUAAUAGAAUAUAUAUUAUAUUAUUUCAAUUUCUAUUUAUGAAUUACAAGUUUACAACUCACAACUUGUGCUUAGUGCUUAG